AUGUAUCAUUUAGCAAAGGGGCUGUAUCGAUAUGCCACUAGUAAAGAGGAAUACUCCGUUCUCCUCCUCGGCCUUGACAACGCUGGCAAAACUACUCUCCACACCCAAAUCAAAUCACUAUAUUCCCCGCACAACCCCGCUCCAGCAGAACCCUCACAGCUAAAAACAGUACCCACCGUCGGUCAAAAUGUCUCCACUAUCGACCUUCCAGAUAUGUAUCUGAAGAUUUGGGAUAUAGGAGGUCAACAUUCUCUUCGAAAAUUAUGGCAAUCUUACUACACCAGUUGCCACGCCAUUGUCUUUAUAAUUGAUAGUACUGACAUUGGGUCUGGGGAUCUCGCUGAUUUGGACUCUGAUACUGGGGACAAAGAUGUGGGGAGAUUAGAGGAGUGUAAAUUGGUAUUGGAAGAUGUUUUGAAAAGUGUGGAGACGGAAGGAGUGCCAGUGCUUGUUUUAGCGAAUAAACAGGACAGGGAGGAUUGUGUGGAAGUUGUGAGGAUUAAAGAGGGUUUAGUGAAGAGGGUUUUUGAGGGGGAGGGAGGCGGUGCGAUUAGAGACAGUCGAGUUUUACCGAUUAGUGCGUUGGGUGGAACAGGUGUUAGAGAGGCGGUAGAAUGGGUGAGAAGUAGAGUUGUUUGGAAUAGGGAAGGAAGACCUCCUGUUAUGCGGUAG